AUGCCCAGUCUGCGAGACGGAACCAAGACGGAGACAACACCCUGUCGUCCCCCGCCCCGCUUAGCUUUGUCCACCUCAACACGCGUGCCAACCCAAUCUCCAACCUCCUCCCCUCCCCUCGCGCCGCGACCUCCAGAUACUUCAUACUCCAUACUCGCAUACAUACAACAAAUCAGCGCCGAGCAACGCAACAAUCAGCGAACGCACGACGACCUCUUCCCCUGCCCCGCUCCUCCCCCUUCUCCCAGUAGCAGCGCAGCCCACCAAGAAGAAGAAGAAACGCGCCGCGCCACACCGCGCUCGUGUGGUUAGGUUCUAAUUGAAGGAGGCGGAAGAAGAAAGCCAGCGCCGCUCUAUUUAGAUAGCCCGCACCGGCGCGCGGGAAGCGAAAACGAUUCAAUCAUACCAACCAAUCGAUCGGCCGACCGAUCAAGCAGCGCGCCUUGCACGUCUCCGUUGAGGAAAGAGAGAGGGAGGCAGAUGGCGGCGGCAUACCGGCCGGAGGAGGAGUACGAUUACCUGUUCAAGGUGGUGCUGAUCGGGGACAGCGGCGUGGGCAAGUCGAACCUGCUGUCGCGGUUCGCGAGGGACGAGUUCAGCCUCGAGACCAGGUCCACCAUCGGCGUCGAGUUCGCCACCAAGACCGUCCGGGUCGACGACAAGCUCGUCAAGGCCCAGAUCUGGGACACCGCCGGCCAAGAAAGGUACCGCGCCAUCACGAGCGCGUACUACCGUGGCGCGGUGGGCGCGCUGGUGGUGUACGACGUGACCCGCCGCGUGACGUUCGAGAACGCGGAGCGGUGGCUGCGGGAGCUGCGGGACCACACGGACACCAACAUCGUGGUCAUGCUGGUGGGCAACAAGGCCGACCUGCGCCACCUCCGCGCCGUCCCGCCCGAGGACGCCAGGGCGUUCGCCGAGCAGCACGGCACCUUCUCCAUGGAGACCUCCGCGCUGGACGCCACCAACGUGGAGCGCGCCUUCGCCGAGGUGCUCCGCCAGAUCUACCACGUCGUGGGCAGGAACGCGCUCGACAUCGGCGACGACCCGGCCGCGCCGCCCAGGGGGAAGACCAUCGACGUCGGCGCCACCAAGGACGAGGUCUCGCCCGUGAACGCGGGCGGGUGCUGCUCGGCUUAAUUAAGCUUUUGCCCCGGUCCAUCCAACUCUUUGCUGAUUAGGCCACAGAACGUGUUGUCAUCGUGGUUCUGUUGCCAUCGUGAUGACAUCUUCUCACACGGUCAAGCGCUGGGGUGGUUGGUGCUUGGCCUUGACACCGUGUGAUUGGAGGCAGCAGCAUGUUGUUGCGCAUUUGCAAUCGCUGUCCUCGCCUGUAAUCAUCGGCAUGUUUGAUUCAUCAAUUCGUCGAGGACUUGCUUGGCAAUAAACACUUCAAAAUUGUGAAAUGUCAGUUUACGACUUUAGAGCUGUCAGAUAAAUAGAAAUCAGUACUAGUGCUUUUCACAUA